AUGCUUCGAAUGCUGCGCCCCAUCGCCGCCACAACAGCGGUACUGCUUGCCGCAGGUGUUGCAACCGAGGGACGACUUUGGCAAUGGGUCCCUGCAAGAUACUCCAAACUUGAGGAGGCAGAGCGCAAGAUUUUCACACGCGCUAUCUCGACGCCAUUCGAGAUGAAGAAAGUCGCACAGUUGGGCACCGUGGUGGUGCCCUGCUCCGACGAAAAGAAGCGCGAGAGUGCCAAAAACCUUGUUCUGGUCCACGGGUUCGCUGGCGGUAACGCGGUGUGGGCGAUGAACUUAGAGAAAUUGUCCAAGCACUUCAAUGUGUACGCAGUGGAAUGGAUUGGUGUCGGCCGGUCGGAUCGCCCUGACUUCAAUUUCAAUGACGUAAGGCAUCUGUAUGAAAGUGCCGAUGAUUUCAUCGUUGGCUCAUUCGAGAAGUGGCAAAAGGAGAUCAAGCUUGAAAAUUUUGAUUUGGUCGGCCACUCAAUGGGGGCUAUCUUCGCAUCCUCAUACGCAUUGAAGCACCCUGACCAAGUCAACCACCUCGUGUUGGCAUCUCCAGCAGGUGUGCCACACCCACCACCACCUCCGGAUCCGACGACGGAGGAAGGACGAGCUGCUAGUCGCUCAUGGCUGAGACGCAUGGUCUUCUCGGCGUGGGAGAACGGUGUGACACCGAUGUCUCUCGCUCGAUUUGUGGGACCGUAUGGACCAAAGCUGGUGCAAAACGUGGUGCACCGCCGAACCUCAUUCAUGUCGGAGGGAAGCGCCAUGCGAGACGGUCGUGUCGACUUGAACGAGAUGGCGGAGUACAUGUACCACAACUGGGCCCUCAAACCGAGCGGAGAACGCGUCAUGACCACGCAUCUUGCUCCUGGAGCGCAUGCGGUUCGUCCACUCGUGAGCUCGCUGCUUCCCGAAAGUGUGAAGAUGCCGCUUACGUUCAUCUACGGUGAAUACGAUUGGAUGGACUACCGCAAUGGACUGAGUAUCGUGGACAGCUUCAAGCAGAAGGGCCGCUCUGCUGAUCUCUUCCGUGUGCCGAACGGAGGCCAUCAAAUGUUCAUGGAGAAUCCCGACGAGUUCAGCCGAAUUCUCAUCGACCGCCUGGCAAGACAAAUACUAGUACAACACUAG